AGGAUACCAUGAAUUCUUUUCCCCCCUCCCCUACAAUAGGUCAAUACACUCUGACACUUCAGAGAUGAAGAUUUGUAUAGGAUUCAUAAAACUUCCCACCUGGAUCACAGUUUCACUGGCUUUUCCCUUUAACUCCACCCCUUGUUUUAAAGCCUUUAUAUUAUUUUCAGAAUUUGUCAGGAAAUUACAACAGCACUUAAAGUUGCGGUCUUAAGAACUAAGGGGCAAGCAGAGAGAAGAAAAGAGAGAGAAGUAAAAAGCUGAGUAGAGAGCAUGACAAUGGACAUCAUCCCAAGCUUAAGUGCUGGAACCUGGUCACUCCUUGUUCUCUUCCUGACUCUCCUGUUUCUAUAUGGAACCUGGACACACAAGGUCUUUAAGAAUCUGGGAAUUCCAGGACCAACACCUCUUCCUUUCUUUGGCACUGUUCUUUCUUAUCGCAAAGGUAUUGCAAAUUUUGACAUGACUUGUUUUAAAAAAUAUGGGAAAACCUGGGGGAUUUUUGAUGGCAGACAACCUGUAUUAGCCAUCAUGGAUCCAGAGAUCAUCAAAUCUGUGCUGGUAAAAGAGUGCUAUUCUGUGUUCACCAAUCGCCGGAGACUUGGUCUAACAGGGCUUUUGGAGAAUGCUAUUGUAAUUGCUCAAGAUGACCAAUGGAAGAGGAUUCGAACAGUGUUGUCUCCAACAUUUACGAGUGGAAAACUCAAGGAGAUGUUUCCCAUCAUUAACCACUAUGGAGAUGUUUUAGUGAAGAACAUGCACAAGGAAGCAGAUAAGAGCAAGCCUGUAACUAUGAAAGAGAUUUUUGGGGCCUACAGCAUGGAUGUGAUCACCAGCACUUCAUUUGGUGUCAAUAUUGAUUCCUUGAAUAACCAGAAUGAUCCCUUUGUCAGAGAAAUCAGUAAAUUAUUUAGAUUCAAUGUUCUGGACCCACUCUUACUUACAAUCAUGCUCUUUCCAUUCCUUGUUCCUUUAUUUAAAAAAAUGGAUGUAACCAUAUUUCCGAAAGAGGCAAUGGACUUCUUAGCAAAUUCAAUUACAAAAAUAAAGGAAGAACGAAAGAAAAAUUCACAGAAGAACCGGGUAGAUUUCCUUCAGCUUUUGAUGGAUUCUCAGAUCUCUAAAAAUCCAGAAGCUCAUUCUUACAAAGAACUGAGUGAUGGAGAAAUCUUGGCCCAAUCCCUUAACUUUCUGUUUGCUGGCUAUGAAACCACCAGCUCAGUCCUCUCCUUCCUUUUUUACAACCUGGCCAUCCACCCUGAGAUCCAGGAGAAACUUCAGAAGGAGGUAGAUGCAGUUUUGCCCAACAAGGAAGCAGUCACAUAUGAUGCCCUGGUACAGAUGGAGUACCUAGACAUGGUGAUACAUGAAAAUCUCAGGCUGUUCCCCAUAGCUGGCAGGAUUGAAAGGGUUGCUAAGAAAACUGUUGAGAUCAAUGGAGUUACAAUUCCAAAAGGGGCAGUGGUGAUGAUUCCACCCUUUGUCCUUCAUCGUGAUGCAGAAUACUGGCCAGAACCAGAAGAGUUCCGUCCUGAAAGGUUCAGCAAGGAAAACAAGGAAAGCAUCAACCCCUAUGUAUACCUGCCCUUUGGUGCUGGUCCCCGAAACUGUAUUGGGAUGAGAUUUGCACUUAUGAGUAUGAAAGUUGCUACUAGCCGACUCAUGCAAGAAUUUUCCUUCAGAACUUGUAAAGAGACACAGGUUCCUCUGAAGCUGAGCAAUAAGCGACUCCUUUCACCAACUGUACCCAUUGUCUUGCAGGCUGUAAGAAGGACCAAGAAUGCAAACUAAUACUAGCAAUCUUCCAUCUCCUUUUACUCACACCCAUCUACAAUCUACUAUACUCUAAAACCACUGAAUCCAAGGAGAUGAAAAGUAACUUGAUUCACCUUAUGAACAAAA